AUGUCGUUUUUCAAGAGGAAAGCCAAAACCAAAGAACAAGAGAAAGUGACUGAUGCUAAAGUGAACAGAGCACCUACCAGCACACGCUCCCCCUCGCUGGGACUGAGGAACCACAAUGUUCCCCAGGAUGUGGCCGGACCCAGCCCUGUGGCCAUCAACGCCAUCUCUGCAAACAUGGACUCGUUUGCUCGCGGACGGACCGCCAUCCUCAAGAAACAGCCCAGCCACAUGGAGGCAGCGCACUUUGGAGAUCUGGGUCAUUCCAGUGUCAACUAUCAGCCUCAGGAGACCCGCUCUCGUAUGUCAAAGACUGUGGACCAAAUUCUCCGGGAUAAUGUGGCCAUGCCGCACUACACCCAGUUCAUGGCGCUUCGAGGAGCUGAUCACCUCGUUCGGUUUUGGCAAGAGGCAGAGAAUUUCCGCUCCACAAGUUGGUCUCGUGUUCGCGCUCAGAGUUUGAACUCUGUCAAACACAGCUCUUUGGCUGAACCUGUCCCCUCCGGUCCGGACUCCUCUGAUCCCUCUGAUCUAGCUCAGGCUAACACUAGCACACUCACACCCGAGGACAGCUUUGACAGCCUCACUGAGACGUGGGAGCGUCCAGAACCCUCCGGCUCAGAACCCGGACUGAGGCCUGGAGCCGAAACCCCCAGCAAGAACAUGGCAUCCAAAACAAGCACCCCCUUAAAGGGGCAGGCCUCCAGCACACUACACCACCUCUCAGACAAACUCAUGAAGAGUAUUGAAAAAGAUGCUGUUACAAUCUUUACUAAGUACGUCUCUCCAGAUGCGGCACGACCCAUUCCCAUCACUGACCAAGUUAGAAACGACAUUGUUGCUAAGAUUUGUGGUGAGGAUGGCCUGGUGGACCCCAACAGCUUUGUCAUUGCACAGUCUGUGAUAUUUAACAUCAUGGAGCAACAGCACUUUAUUGAGUUCCUGCGGAGCCACCAUUUCUGUAAAUACCAGAUUGAGGUGUUGACGAGUGGCUCAGUGUUCCUGGCUGACAUCUUAUUCUGUGAGUCAGCGCUCUUCUACUUCUCUGAGUAUAUGGAGAAGGAGGAGGCCAUGAAUGUGCUGCAGUUCUGGCUCGCUGCAGACAACUUCCAAAACCAACUGGCUGCUAAGAAAGGCCAGUAUGAUGGCCAAGAGGCUCAGAAUGAUGCCAUGAUUCUUUAUGACAAGUAUUUCUCACUCCAGGCCACAAAUCCUCUCGGCUUUGGCGACUCUGUGCGGAUGGAGAUUGAGUCUAACAUAUGCAGAGAGGGCGGGCCUCUGCCUGACUGCUUCACCACUCCACUUCGACAAGCCUGGACCACCAUGGAGAAGGUCUACAUGCCGGGCUUCCUCUCCAGCAACCUUUACUAUAAAUACCUGAGUGACCUCAUCAACUCUGUGCGGGCAGACGAGUUUGUUAAUGUCAGCUCUUCGGGUCAAAGCGGGGCGGCCGACAAUGAGCGCUCUAGUUCAAAUGCCAACGAGAGCUCUCAGACUCAGCAAGGUGCUAAGAAGACCGCCAUAAAGAUCUUGAAAAACUUUGAUGAGGCUAUAACAGUGGAUGCUGCGAGCCUGGACCCUGAGACACUGUACCACAGGCCAUACGCUGGAAAGAUGACGUUUGGAAAGGUAAAUGAGCUGGGUCAGUUCAUCAGAGAGGCCGAGCCUGAACCAGAUGUGAAGAAAUCCAAAGGGUCAAUGUUUUCUCAAGCCAUGAAGAAGUGGGUCCAAGGCAACUCUGAUGAGGCCCAGGAGGAGAUGGCUUGGAAAAUCGCAAAGAUGAUAGUCAAUGACGUUGUCCAUCAGAGUAACCAUGACAGUCCUGUCAAGUCCACAAAGCUAUGA